AUGGACAAGAUAGUCGACAAUUGUCCCAGAAACUUGACAGAGACAGACGAAGCCUCCACAAGAUUGGGCUGUGGUCGUGACAAGUAUGGAAAUGAUCAGUAUAUGUGUCUACCUAAUAUAGAGACAACAAGUCUGGUAGAAUUCUGUCACGAUGGUAUCAUGGGCUUUAUAGAGAGUGGUAAUUGUUUGAAGACUGCAGAGGAUAAACUGUUUGCACACAAAUGCUCCCAUUUCGUUUCGGGCUGUCCAGAUGUCGACUUCCGCAGUAACGAAAUCUUCAAAUACCCUGCUUGCCUAAGAAUUGAUACGGGACAUCGUUGUUAUCUUGCUGAUCCAUCAUGUCCAAAUACGUAA